ACCAAACCGGACCUGCUGGUGUAGCUCCGCCAAACCUCCACUCGAAUCAGUGCCGCGCCCCACCCCAGCCCACAAAUCGGACGCCGUUGCCUCCUUGAAUCGGCGCCCCUGCUCCCAGACGCCGGCGUUUGCUGGAAAUGCCCAACGCCGACCCCUUGUGCCCUGCAGGAGCUGCCCAGUGCCAUCCUCUCUGGUGCACAUCCUACCGCAUAUGUUGGUCGUCCUCUGUCCGAAUCACUACACCAUGAACUGAGUCUCAUUAUCUUUAUUUAUGCAAAUCUGGACAGUAUGGUCAUGUAGGGGCAUUUGGUGAUUUUAUAUAUUUUCUUUCUACUCUAAAUUAGAAAAUUAUUAUUUUAAUGAAUAUGAUGUGUUGUAGCAAAUAUCCAAACUUGAAAACUGUCCAUGGACAAAUGCAUUAUUGAGUAGUGUCCACCGGCAAAAACACAUGGUACGAGCAGCUCCAAGCCCGCAAAAACACGUCAUCAUCCUUGGAUGGCCCGGUGUCAUUAUCGCACAUGGAGUAAUAAAUAAUGUUGACAUGCCAACAGAUAACUUAAUCGUGUGUGUGUGGUGGGGGGCACUUAAUCGCUUCCUCGCAGGUGCGCGCGUGCGGGAGCAGACAGCAGAGCAGGAAUGGCGGGGCGGCGGCGGCAGUGGACGCUGGCGCUCGUGAGCGUGGCGGCGCUGUUGGAGCGCGCAGACGAGGCGCUGCUGCCGGCGGUGUACAGGGAGGUGGGAGCGGCGCUGGGCGCGUCGCCCUCCGCUCUGGGCUCCCUCACGAUGUGCCGCGCGCUCGUGCAGACCUUGUGCUACCCGCUCGCGACGUGGGCCGCGGCGCGCUACGACCGCGCGCGCGUCGUCGCCGCGGGGGCCUUCCUCUGGGCCGCCGCCACCUUGCUCGUCGGCGCCUCGGGCUCCUUCCUACAGAUGGCGCUGGCGAGGGGCUUCAACGGCGUCGGGCUGGCGGUCGCGGUGCCGGCGAUCUACUCCCUGGUGGCCGACUACAGCGACGACACCACGCGCGGCUGGGCGUUCGGGUGGGUGGUGAUGGCGCAGACCGUAGGUUUCAUCGCCGGGAGCUCCUUCGGCUUGCUGCUCGCGCCCAUAAGCUUACUCGGUGUCCCUGGCUGGCGGCUCGCGUUCUACGCGGUCGCGCUCAUCAGCGUUUGCAUCGCCGCCCUGGUGUGGCUGUUGGCCGCCGACCCCCGCCCCGUGGUUACGAAGGACGACGCGGCCCCCGCGCCGACGCUUGCCGACCUCGUCCGAGAAGCCAAGGACGUGGUGAGGGUUCCGACGUUUCAGCUCAUCGUGGCGCUGGGCGUGGCCGGGUCGGUGCCGUGGUCGGCGUUCAACUUCAUCACCAUGUGGCUGGAGCUCAUCGGGUUCUCGCACGGGCAGACCAGCCUGAUCAUCAGCCUGGCCAGCAUCGCUAACCUGCUCGGCAUCCUGUUCGCGGGGUUCCUCGGGGACACCAUGGCGCGGCGAUUCCCCCGCACCGGACGGGUCGCGCUGGCGCAGGCGAGCACCGCGUUGACCGUCCCGCUGGCCGCCGCCCUGCUGCUCGCGUUCCCCGGCGACCCCUCGGCGGUGGUCCCGUACGCCGCCGUGUGCUUCGCCUUCGGCUUCACCGUAUCCUGGCCCCCCGUUUCCACCACCAAUCCUAUCUUCGCGGAGAUCGUGCCGGAGAAGGCGAGGACGACGGUGUACGCGCUGGACAGGUGCUUCGAGUCGGUGCUGGCAUCGUUCGGGUCGCCCCUCGUGGGCAUCCUGGCGGAGCGCGUGUUCGGGUACCAGCCGGGCACACCCGGCAAGAGCGCGGAGGCCGACCACAAGAACGCCGACGCGCUGAGCAAGGCCAUCUUCUCGGAGAUCGCCGUACCGGUCACCAUCUGCUGCCUCACGUACACCGCGCUGUACUGGACCUACCCCGCCGACAGACGGCGAGCGCAGAUGGCCGCUUUGCAGGCGGCGUCGGAGGACCAGGACGACGACUGCGAAGCGAGUGUGGUUGCCCAUGCUGCAGCAGCUGAUGGCUUGGACCAGGCUCUGCUACCCGGGACAAGAACGGGGUAGCAAAUUAUGAAGAGGCUCUACUUGCCUGGCUAUAAACCAAGGGGCAGAUUCGGCGUACAUUUUAGGGAAGGCAUGUAAGGAUUUCAAAUAUUUGUACUAGUUAAAUGCCUGUGCCUUGCUAAGGGCAUUUUUUUCACAAGAACAUUAGUUGGUUGAACUGAUGGGAAACAGAACCACUUGUACGUGUUUUGUCAAGAAAAAAGACCAAUGCAUGGAUAAUAUGGUUUUGUUGAACCAUAGAGGUGGUUUCCUGUCAACCACACAAGUAGCAUGUAUCAAUGCCUUGAUUUGAUCAUCCUGGCACCAAUAAUGAAGCAUGCUGUAAUUUAUCUUAUAAAGUUUAUCGCUUUGCGUGUUU